AUCAUGAGAUCUCUGCCCUGAAUCAGAUGUCUUGGUUGAUGAAGACUUCUUCCAUAGAACUUCGUAUUACAUCACUGAACCGUCAGCGUUCUCACACUCAGAGACUGCUCCACUUGCUUCUAGAUGACAUGCCCAUCAAACCAUAUGCAGCUGAUGGGGAAAGUGGAAUGGAAGAUGAAAGCAGAACAAUUAGCGGAUUUCUUCACUUUGACACAACUUCAAAAGUUCGUAGAAAAAUUCUUAGUAUCCUGGACUCUAUAGAUUUCACUCAAGAAAUUCCCGAGCCUUUACAGUUGGACUUUUUUGACCGCAGUCAAAUAGAACAAGUGAUUGCUAAUUGUGAGCACAAGAACCGUAGAGGCCAGACAGUCUGCAAUGUUAAGCUUCUUCAUCGAGUUUUGGUAGCAGAAGUAAAUGCUCUUCAGGGAAUGGCUGCAAUUGGUCAGCGGCCUUUGCUUAUGGAGGUAUGUUGCUUCUAUUAA